GUGAAAACGCUCACCAAACUGGGCAGAAAGUUACAACGGUGAUCAAAACUCUGGAUUGAAAGUACCAACCAUCGCUAUCCGGGGGACAGAGAAAUUUCGUAGCCCGUAGCGUGAUGCCGAUCGUUAACAUGCUGAAGCGUGCCUCGAGCUACAUCCUCGGUAGUGACGAUGAUACCGAGGACGGUGCCACGGAGCUAGUGUACGAGGAUAACGAGAUACUGUUCUGCAAGAACAACAUCUGCGUCCAUCCGCCGGCCGUGGUGCGCCAGGAGUCGGACGUCCUGCACUACCCCGGUUACCUGACCGUCACCACGAAGACGUUCAUUGACCAGUACAACAAUGCGAAGCGGCCAACCCUCUUUCUCACCUGGAUCCCGAACUCGACGCUGCGCAAGUGUCCCUCGACGGUGGAGAACAUCGUCCUGAGCCGCAGUAUGACCGGCCCCGGUGGCAUCGGGUUGAGCGAAAGCAAACUGAAGCUUCACCAACAGCAGCUCCUCGCACCAUUGCCGCGGGAAAACGGACUGCACAGGAAACCGGGGGACGCACCGGACAAGCUGGCUUCCGUCGAAGCGGGAGAGAACCCGUUUACGACGACCAUCAAGAUAGCGAAUACCAAUCCGUUUCUCGAACCGUACAACGAGUCGAUCGCCCAGACGGCCACCGGGGACAACAAGUCGAUGAACUGCUCCGACUACUCGGAAACGAUCAGCAUCAGCUCCAGCUCCGAUAAGGCCAGCCUGUGCAACAGCACCGAGUACGAUGGGCGCGAACUGGAGGAACCGGAGGUAGCCGACGACGGGGACGAGGUGGACGACGACGAAGGAUGCGUUAUUCCCACGGAGAUGCACAGUUCCGCAACGGCCGUUGGCGACGAGCUGCUCGGUAGCUCGAUGGAAGAUCAGGAGCUUAAAACGGAACUGCAACCUUUGCUGGAGUCGGAAACGGGUGGCGCGAAGCUGGCCGCUGCGGCCUCGGCCAAACUUCAUCAGCACAUGAAACUGCCGUCGCAAUCGUCGGUCACGUCCGUCAACAUUACGAUCGCCAGUCCGCACAUACAGAACUUGGACAUCUCGCCCCCGGAAGCGGCACUCCCGGCUACGGAGCGCUUCUUGCGUUCACUGUCGAUCACGUCGAGCGACGAAAACAACCCCAACUGGAUGUCGCCGGAGCUGCUCGCCUACAAGCACAAUCUGGCCUUCCCGGAGAGUGCAUCUGCGUCGCCUAUCGUGAGCCGCAAGACACCGCUCAAAUGUCGCCGCUUUUCGGUCGAUCUGAGCCAGAUGAGGGCCCUGCGGCUAUUCUUUAACGACGAGCAGUGCACUUCGGGUCAGCUGGUGAUCGCUUCCCGGGAAUCCCAGUACAAGAUCCUGCACUUUCACCACGGUGGGCUGGACCAUCUGGCGCAAGUUCUCCACCAGUGGCACUGUCUACUGCACAACAUCAAACUAGCCCCCGGGCAGGACGAACCGGCCAACGUGCCGUACCGCCAGUUUAUGGUCUGCCGCCCGGAGGUGCGCAAAGCCGACCUGCAUCCGGAAGAGGGGCGCGUGUCGAAGAUUACGACCGACUACUUCUACGGCACGCUGCUGAACGAGAAGGGCCAGAUCGAGGACGAUCUGCAGCUGCGCAAGUGUGUGUUUUUCGGCGGGCUCGACCGUAGUCUGCGGAAGACGGUGUGGCCCUUUUUGCUUCACUGCUACAGUACCGGCUCGACGUUCGAGGAUCGGGCCGCGCUGGCCGAGAUACGGCGCCAGGAGUACGAGGAGAUCACCCGGCGCCGCCUGUACUCGAUGUCACCGGAAGCGCAGGCCCAGUUCUGGCGCACGGUCCAGUGCGUCAUCGAGAAGGACGUGGUGCGCACGGACCGGGGCAAUCCGUUCUUCGCCGGGGACGAUAACCCCAACAUCGACACGAUGAAGAACAUUCUGCUGAAUUACGCGUUCUACAACCCGGGCAUGUCCUACACGCAGGGAAUGAGCGAUCUACUGGCACCGGUGCUGUGUGAAAUUAAAAGUGAAUCCGAAACGUUCUGGUGCUUUGUCGGGCUGAUGCAGCGCGCCAUCUUCGUUUGCACACCGACGGAUAACGAUAUCGACCGCAAUUUGUGUUAUCUGAGAGAAUUGAUCCGGCUUAUGGUUCCUAGCUUUUACAAGCACCUGCAAAAGCACACCGACGCUAUGGAAUUGCUGUUUUGCCACCGUUGGAUUCUGCUAUGUUUUAAGCGCGAGUUCACCGAAGCGGUCGCCAUACGCAUGUGGGAAGCCUGCUGGUCAAACUAUCUGACCGACUACUUUCACCUUUUCCUUUGCCUGGCCAUUAUUGCCGUGUACGCCGAUGACGUAAUUGCUCAAGAUUUGCGCACCGACGAAAUGCUGCUGCACUUCAGCUCGCUGGCAAUGUACAUGGAUGGACAGGUGAUCUUGCGCAAAGCACGUGGACUACUGCACCAAUUCCGACAGUUCCCGAAGAUCCCCUGCACUUUGUCGGGGCUGUGUAGGCGCUGUGGUCCCGGGAUGUGGGACUCGGGUCAUCAUCCAUCGAUCGAAUGUAUCGGCCAUCUGGAUCACGAGACAUGUGCGCUGGCCAUGGACUAGAACACUCUCGCGUUAGUGCUGUCACCGCUUCAUCACUACCACCGUUGCCUCUCCGACUACGUUACACGCCAGUCUGUGUACUUUCCGCUUCCGCAUAUAGGUUUAGCCGUGCUCACACAUCUGUCGCAACGAUGACCGUUAGGAUGUUUCUUCUUUAAGCCCACAAUCAGCUGCCGUGUUUAGAGAUUCAACCGGGUUUUCUACAUUAAAAUGUAUGUAAAGCUGUCCACAAAAGGAAGAAACAACGAAACAUAGACAAGACAGAUUGAUUCUGCAUUCCAGCAGUGCUAGAGCAGUGAUGGGCUUUACUAUUCGCAAUACAUAGGAUUACGUUGCUUUCUAUUGCUUUCGUAGCUUCGCAGUGUAAAACGGUACGAUGCGAUGAAGGGAAAAUUCAAAUACUGUAGUAUAUUAUUCGCAUAGUAACUACCGAUAUAAUCAAUACCAAAAUUUAUUGAAAGUAACCCAACAACCAACACCUAUUCGACCCGAACGUCCUGCCUUUGCCGCUCUAUAUAACAACUGCCUAGAAAGUGAACAGAAAUUGGUAAGCCUUCCAUCAACUUCUCGUUUGGGCAGAAGUACCAACGAAAGUGCUACAAAAAUUGGCGCCACAGUUAUCGUAAACUAAUGUCACUAAAAUUAUCAACACGACGGAAGGAAUUUGAAAGCGAAGAGGAAUGGAACGUUCGAAGAAGCUUAGCGUAUUUAAACCACACUUAAAUUCUGCAUGUUGAAAGCUCCAAAUAGAAGUAUUAAUAUUUUGUUCACGAAAGCAAGGAUGAACGAUGUAGGGAAACGUAUGAGACGGAUAAACUGUUGUUGAUGUUGAUAUAUAGAUAUAAAUAUUUACAGAACAAAUAGAUAUAACAAAUUUUACAAUCAUUCGAUUGCGCUAUCCACUUUGUGCUCGGCGCAGCCGGAUAUGCUUGAUCGCCGUGGAAAGUGAAAGAAUACUUGCGUUGGCCGAAGAUUUCGAUAACUUCGAAAGAUUUCAAAUGCGAUUGGAAAGACUAAGCGGAAGAGAUUUCCUUUAAAGAAUACCAGCACACGCCAGACCAAGUUUUCGUUCGCGAAUGAGUUGCUUUUUAAAUUCAAUUGAAAGGUUAACAUGACGAAGUAAAUCAUUGAACGUACUGGUUUCUGUUUACAAAGAUUAGUAAACCGCCGAACGGCUAACGCGAAUAUACCGCGAAUGACUCAGAGCGCAGCAUGUACAUAAAAACCAAUCUCAUCCACCACAUUAAAAGCGAACGCGAGUUCGCUGCGAUAGCAAACUAUUAUCGAUGGAUUCGUUGUGACAUAAACGGGAUUGUUUCGGUGAGAUCCCACAGUGCGGAAAGAAGGACGAAGCGGGACGAUUAAUAGCUUGGUACUAUAA